GUAUUACAAAUGUCUGUCCUAUUCAUCAUUUUAUUUGUACUUGUUCAUCUUUUCCCAGUGGCCUGACAUCAGAGGCCAUUCAUGUCUUCUUGCUCCUCGUCUGCUUCCUGUCUCAAUCCAUAUACAGGCAUUGUUGGGCAUUGUGCUCUCCCUAACCAGCCCUUUCAACUUCUACCACCAAACAUCUCUCUGACACCCCAUGUGGGGUUUAAUGUGUCACUUUGCUUAUACGUCCUGACACACACACACCCAUUCACACCUGCUGCAGCAGUGCUGUUGUCGGCCAGGUGCCAGUCAGAUGGCUCUCUGCCCACUAAUGACUGGCACAAGCCUCAACAUGUGUGCAUGGUGAGCCACAGAAGGGCUGUGCUUGUGUUUAAGCAUAGAUGUGUGUUUGCGCCUCCUCUUGGCAGAGGACUUAUGCCCUACAUGCCAGGAAUGAGUAAAGCCACUUGAGCUGCUGAAUUCAAAUGCUUUACAUUGCUCACACAUCUGAUCAUGAACAUAAGAAACAUUACCAGCAGGAUGGAUGUGAUUAUGAGAAGUGAUGAACCUCAGUGUGUAUAUAUAUUUGCAUGUCAACCUGAAAAAGUACAGAUCAAGAGUUUACAAUGAGUCUGAUUUGCCCUCACUGUAUGAUGGUUGUGCCGACACUGUCGACAAAGUCCAGAAUGCCGAUUUAUGGAGCAACUAGACGUUCCAGGGAGCACGUGACCCCGGAGAUGAACAAGCUUCGUCAGAGUCUGAGGAGGAAGAAGCCCACCUAUGUGCCAGAGGCCAGCAGACCGCAUCAGUGGCAGGCUGACGAGGAGGCUGUACGCAAGGGCAAAUGUAACUUUGCUGUUCGGUACCUGGGGCUUGUCGAGGUGGAGGAGUCGAGAGGAAUGCACGUUUGUGAGGAGGCUGUUAAAAAGCUGAAAGUUAGUGGCAAAAAGACGGUAAAAGCAGUGCUGUGGGUUUCAGCUGAUGGACUCAGGGUGGUUGAUGACAAAACUAAGGACCUCAUUGUGGACCAGACCAUCGAGAAGGUUUCCUUCUGCGCUCCUGACCGGAACUACGACAAGGCCUUCUCCUACAUCUGCAGAGAUGGAACCACCAGACGGUGGAUGUGCCACUGCUUCAUGGCUCUGAAAGACUCGGGUGAGAGACUGAGCCAUGCAGUCGGCUGUGCCUUCGCUGCCUGUCUGGAGAGAAAGCAGCGCAGAGAGAAGGAGUGUGGCGUGACGGCUUCUUUCGAUGCCAGUCGCACUUCCUUUGUGCGCGAGGGCUCCUUCCGCAUCAAUUCAUCUUCCAGCCAGCAGGGCAGCAGCAGUGAGCGAGAUGAGAAGAUGCAGGAUAAAAAGAAAGAUCAGCCCUCUGUCGUCCCAGCUCUCCCUCCUGGCUCCGCCUCUCCACCCGAGGGGACGGCAUCCCAGAUGGAGCGUCCAGAACCAGGUGGGCCCCACGCCAUCCCUCGCCGCCACGCACCCAUCGAACAGCUGGUUCGCCAAGGCUCAUUCAGGGGAUUUCCAGCUCUAAGUCAGAAGAACUCUCCCUUUAAGAGACAGCUGUCGCUUCGCCUCAAUGACCUGCCAUCCACUCUGCAGCGCAAAACAGACUUUGAGGCCAAGAACCCUGAGAUGGACAUGGGGUUGCCUUGUGAGGGUGACAGUAGUAUAAAUGCACUGUGUUGCCAGAUCAACACAUCCUUCGCCAACCCAUCAGACGAGCUCUUCUCCAACCCAUCUAUGUCUGCAAAUUGCCCUCCGACCUGCACUGUGCCCCCAAUUUUGCCUCCUCCGCCUGCACCUGUCCAGGUCACCUCAUCCUGGGUGCAGCCAGAACCUCCUCUCCACUCCCCUCCUCCAGUUUCUGCUGCACUGCAGAGCGGUCACAAGCGCACCCCCUCAGAGGCUGAGAGAUGGCUGGAGGAGGUCUCUAAGGCUGUCAAAGCCCAGCAGACGCCUCCCUCUGGGCCCAUCAUACCCACCAUCCCUGGACCCCCUUCCGUAACCAGUCAUCAUAUAUCCACACAGGCGACAUUGUCCUCUGCCCCAGUAUCUUCUGUCCCCUUGCCCCUCGGUACUUUGCCCAAAUCUCUUAUCUCUGGCCCUUCUGCCCUUCCGUGUCAAACCCAAAUGCCUCUCCCACCCAUGUCAAUAUCAUCUGUCCCUCUAAUACCAGGUCCUCCAGUGUCAGGCCCCCCAAUGUCUCUCCCAUCCAUGUCCAUCCCAACUAUGUCUGGCCCGAGCAUGUCUGGAGCCCCCAUGAUGCAGGGCUCUCUGCCUGGGCCCCCUGGCUCCCUUCCAAGUGCAAUGCAACCAUUCCCCCUUGCUUUUGAUGCUACUCCAGCCCCCGUUGGGAUGUUUGCCAACCAGCCGGUCCAACCUGCCUUCAUGCCCAUGCAGACCUACAUGCCUGGUCUGGCUAGCAGCAUGACUUACCCCAACGCCAGCGUGCCAGUGGUAGGCAUCACACCAUCACAAAUGGUGGCCAAUGCCUUUUGCACUGCCACAGGCUCAUCAGGCACAGGUCCGACCAUGGGCUCGGCAGCUGGAGGGUCCAAAGUGGGGCCCUUGGGCACUGUCGGGCAUCACCACUCCUAUCCUGGAGUGGCUGGUGCAACCGGACACCCCUCAGGGUUUAACACAGCUACGUUUUCCUCCACUCCACCUCUGUCGUCAGCCAUUAACGGCCUCCCACCCCACAGCAGUGCAGCCGCAAUGAACCUCCAAAACGGGACUUCGGUCAGUGGUGGCAGUGGAGAGAGCUGGCCUCCAGAGGGCAGCCAACUAACCGCUCCAGGGGUUAGCGACUCCCAAGACGAUGAUCGUUUUGAAGCCAAGUGGGCGGCACUGGAGACAAAAGGAGCGACACAAUCGACAGGGAACAAGGCACCGGCUGCCACAGCCAACCCAUUCUCCAACAGUCUGCAAAAAACAUUUGAGAUUGAGCUCUGAGUUGGACUCUGGCUCUUAAAGAUGUAGAUCUUGCUCUGGGGUGAAAGCCCAAGGAAGUUGGGAACCUAUUCCAGGAGUUUUUGUUUAAUUGGUAUACAGGUCCUUUCAGAUGGCCUAGCAUCCGGCCUGUGGCAGCCUUGGAGCCAGUGCAACUAUGAUCUUAAUUUCUUUCUUUAUGAUCCCAUGUGAGAUAGAGAUGAACUCAGCAGUUGGCUGGGCUGCAGUCUGAGAGAAUCAGGUUCCCAGCUGUCUGAACUUCACAAACUGAAUCCAUUCAGUCCAACCGUCAACAUUCUUUCCUUCCUGCUAUUGCUUCUCCACUCUGGCUUUAUUUUCCCUGCUGCAAGUCCCUAGAUUUACUGCAUGUUCGUCCUACUGAAAGCACUGUGGGGAGGACACGGCUCAGUGGUUUCUUUUUUAAAAAGAGGACUCAACUUGGAUGCAUUCCAAUCCAAAAAGAUAUUUUUGGACGUUUGCUUGUUAUAUUUUUAUUGUGGCGGUUUUAUGGUGUCUGGCAACAUCAUGGACGAAGGUGUAGAAGAUUCAAGUAACACACCAGUGCUGAUCUCAGCCGAGUGGGGCAGAAGUCUGGAUGCCUUAAAGGAAGAGUCCAAACGACUUGCUGACCAUUAAUACAGAUUUAUGGCCAAAAUUGCUUUAUUUAUUGUAUUCUGAGUUUAACAUGUUUUAUGUACCUUGAAACCCUUAAGUUGAAGCAGAGUUUCAGAAGCAUGUUUAUGUUAUUUAUCCCAACAUGUUUGAUUUUGAACAGCAGAGAAAGGAAAGCACUGUGGGAAUCCUAAUCAUAUAACAGGAACCAAAUAACCACAACUUCCACUACAGCUGCGUACUGGGAUAAGUCAGACUGGUGUAUAUAGCCGCAUGUUUCUUCCACCUCACUGCUGCUGAGGCCUGAUAAAUCAAAAUGGUGUCACUUGGAUGUGUAGCUUGUUACUUUUAUAAUCGCCUAACAACAAGGGCAUGAGACACUUCAGGAUAACCAGCGCAUACAGUAGAGCACACAAGCAGUCUGUCUUCACCAAACAAACCCAAGGAACUUUAACAACUCAGUGGAAAAAAAAUGCUCCUCCUCACUGUGCAACUAUGGAGAAACAAUGCACUACAUUCCAGAUUUCACAAAUCCUCAUAUGUCUGCUGACACAGGGUACACGCUCCUUAUGUACAACAAUGAUUGUGUACUCACCUCUUUGAGUAUCAUGGUAGUGCUACACUCACCUCACAGUGUGCUGCAAAAGUAUUCCCACCCCCAUGAACUUUUUUGCCAUGUUGCAUGUGAUGGACCGAAACAAAGUAGUACACAUUCAGGAAAUUUCAUCAAAAUGUCCCACAGCAAGGAAUUGUAUAAGAGCAGUAUUAUGUAAAACUUGUUUUUUUUUAGCUUUAUAUCAUGUUAUAAUGUUACUUCCUAAUCAGAAACACAGCUGGAGUGUUGCUUUGAUUCUUUCAUCCAUGUUUAAGAAAUCCUAGAAUCUCCUGCGGCAGCCAUUCUUGGUUGCCCAAAUGCCUAAAGUUCCCACUCAGCUCCUCUAAACUAGUGGCAGCAGCAAUUAUCAACCACCUGGUGGAACUUAUUGUCUGCUGAGCUAAUCGUACAAACUACUUUUCAGUCCAACACUCCUAAGAACAGUUGUUAACUGUGAAAUAGAGGAGCAUUGUUGGGACGACAUCCUGAAAGGAAAGUGAAAGGGUAGGAGCCCAAUUUCAAAGCGCCAAAUUGUGAAGUCAAAUUAUUUUAAAGUUAUUUUAUUAUAUUUACAGCUCUGGAAAAAAUUAAGAAACCUCUUAAAAUAAUCAGUUUCUCUGGUUUACUCUUUAUAGGUUUAUGUUUGAGUAAAAUGAACAUUGUUCUUUUAUUCUAUGAACUACUCACAACAUGUCUCCCAAAUUCCAAGGAUAAAUUUAGUAUUUAUUUGCAUAAAAUGAGAAAUGGUCAAAAUAUUCAUUUAGAAACAACAAUACUAAUGUUUUAACUCAGGAAGAGUUGAGAAAUCAAUAUUUGGUGGAAUAACCAGGAGGCUUUCAAUGGGGUUCAGUUCAGUGGACUCUUCUUUUUUUCCAGAGCUGUAUGUCAUUUUUCUAACAGAAUUACUUGAAUGUUCUAUAAAAUGGCACCAUGUGCCUGGAAAAUACUUAAUACCGCCUUUUUAAAAGAGUGCUUCUCAUCCGUCUCAAGUGAAUUUAGAUCUGAACUUUGACUAGGAUAUUCUAGCCCACAAAUAGGCUUUGAUCUAAACCAUUAUAUUGUAGCUCUGGCUGUAUGUUCAGGGUUAUUGUGCUGCUGGAAGAUGAACCGUAAGACCCUUCUUCUUUAAAAAUAUGUACAGCUUUGUUUGGCAUAUCACAUAAAAUCCCAAUAAAAUACACUUAUGUCUGUGGUUUGAAUGGCACACAAUGUGGAAAAGUUCAAUGGGGUUUAAAUACUUUUGCAAGGUAUUGUUGAAUAGAUGAACAGAGAAGUUGGGACUUGGGAAAUAAUCAUGUUGAGUGAAUGUAAAACAAAGUUUCAGUUGACACAUAAACAGGGACAAUUAAAGGCAGAAGCACGUGUUGCUACCAUGGAGAACGAGCUUUAUAUGAGAAACUGAGGGAGGGAAAACAAAGUCGCACCUUUAGGGAAUAAGGAAAAGGAAGUCUAAUGGAAGAAACAUAGAUAAAACAGGUUGAAUAGGAUGUAAAAGCAAGAGGCAGAUUUGGUUUAGAGCUAAGACAUAUUCAUUAUUACGUCCACAAAACAAGCAGUGUCUCUGGUGUCCUUACACUCUGCAGCUUCAAACACUGUGGAGAAACAUCUCUGAUCAGUUUAAAACAAAAUGUCAGCUGUCUGACUGCAAUGUCAUAACUGUUCCUUUUUAAUUUUUCUAAAGUACAACUCGUGAUGCAGUUCGAACUUCUACUAAGUAGGUAGCCCUUUGAGUGUCGUAAGGUUGUCUCCCACUGAGAAGAUCCAGAAUUAAAAAAGCAGAAAUGUUUAUAAUCAAAGGGCUUUCUGCAGGUGAUUUCUCUCCUCUACAAGCUAUGAUCUGAUCAGAGAUGCUCCUGCUUCACUCCAUGAAUAUGAAUACAUUAUCUGCUCCUUGUUUUAAUGAACUUAACGACUCUCUUCCUGCGGCUGACGGCCUGACUUUUUCCAUCACCCAAAUUUAUAGACAGCUGACCUAAUUUGUACCAUUUUAUCUCCUCCCAGGCUUCAGCCAAUUUGGUUUAAAUCAAUAUUUCUUCCAAUCUGAGCAAACUGCUUUCUCUACUUUCCUUUCUUUAUUUAGAGAAUCUGAUUGGUUGAUUGAUUGAUCCAUAAAGUAGAUGCUUUUAGUCCAUUCAGAGACCAUUUUUGCCCUUGACUCUUGUUUGCACGCCCUCCAAAUUAUAAAUGUAGGCUAAUUGUGUUCUGCGUCAACGCAAACUAAAUGACCUCAUCAACUUGAUUGUAAAACCUUAGCUUAGUGAUGGUAACAAAGCGAACCAGUGGAGUUUAUUUUUAAUCUUUAUUUACAGAAGUUUUUGUAUUUAAACCAACAUAUUUGUAUUGUAAUUACAUUGUACAAAAGAUAAAUAAAGUAAUAUAAUAUUAUCCCUG